ACAAAUAUCACUUGCUGUGCCAUAGCACAUGGAUUUCAGGACCUCCUGUGAAGAGACAAAGACAGGGAUUUGUUUGCUGCAGGAUGGUAAUCAGGAGCCUUUCAAAGUGCGACUGCACUUAGCCAAAGAUAUUUUGAUGAUCCAGGAGCAGGAUGUGAUCUGUGUGUCUGGUGAGCCUUUCUAUUCUGGUGAAAGAACGGUAACAAUUAGAAGACAAACUGUAGGAGGAUUUGGAUUAAGUAUAAAGGGUGGAGCAGAGCAUAAUAUCCCAGUGGUCAUUUCCAAAAUUUCCAAAGAACAAAGAGCUGAACUCUCAGGUUUGCUCUUUAUAGGAGACGCAAUUCUACAGAUUAAUGGGAUUAAUGUAAGAAAAUGCAAGCAUGAAGAAGUGGUGAGCUUGUAUUCAUUUUCUUAAUCAUUG